AAGAUGAACACAGUAAAAUAGGUUGCUACUUAAAGGUCCACGCACCGAAUAGUAUAGUGAAUAGGUCAAACAUAACAUGCGGUCAGAACAAAAGCUUGAAAGCGAUCCUCGCGGUGUCGGGUGUUGGUGUGGUCACGGUGGUGCGUGCCGCGGCUAUAAGGCAGGGUGGCCGCAGCGGCGCGGCCACUGUGUCGUCAGCCGUGCCACACGACACGCGCCCAACACGCGUCAUCACGCGGUACUAUACCACACCACGCGAUCCCACACGUCACCACGCGUCGCCACACGUCACCACGCGUUGCCGCCCACGGCACACACGCGUACGCUCUCGUCCCCAACAUGUCGUCUCGCGACAAGAGCGACUACGCUCGGAAGGUGCACGAAAAGGCGGUCAUCGAAAAGAGACAAAUGGCAGUGGAGAAGCGGGCGAAUGAAGCUCGGGAGUCGAGGGAGAGCGCGGAAGCGACGCAGGAGGUGCGAAUCCUCACCCUCAACCACGGCGAGCACCAGGAUGCUACGCUCUACAGGUUUGAAAAAGGAUGCAUUCUGAGAUUCAGCCCGGGUCCCAGUCUCCUCGGAAGAAAGGUUUUCCUCUACACAAAUUAUGUGGUGAACGACACACAUGAAAAAGGCGAGCAAGCAGAGUUCGUCCGCAAUCAGUACUAUGGUCUGGAGUGGCGCAUGGGCGGGGAGGAGGAGGAGUGCGAGGUGGGGGGCGAGGCGCUGGGCAGCGGGCUACUGCUGACGGAUACGGACGCGUACUGCUCGCUGCGGCUGGCCCGCGCCGGCUGCUACCAUUACUACUUCGUCUACGACAGCGCAGAAUCCCGUUUGGGCCCUCAGGGUUCAGGUUGGUUCCACGUGUCGCCGACGCUGCGCGCGGGCAGCCGCGUGCUGGCGCCGGACGCGCUGAUGUGCCAGACAGUGCUGGCCAAGUGCCUCGGCCCGCUCUCGCGCUGGGAGCGCGCGCUGCGCCCCGCUAAGGAGGCCGGCUACAAUUUGAUACACUUCACGCCUAUACAGGAGCUAGGUGCGUCCAACUCCAGUUACAGCAUCGCCAACCAGCUGCGGCUGGACCCGCGCUACAGCGGCGACGGCGCGCGAGAACACACCUUCGCAGACGUCGAGCAUCUUGUCACUAAGAUACGCAACGAGUGGAAUAUGCUGUCGAUCUGUGACGUGGUGCUGAACCACACUGCGAACGAGACGCCGUGGCUGGCGGAGCACCCCGAGGCGACGUACAACUGCCUCAACUGCCCGCACCUGCGCCCCGCCGCCAUGCUGGACGCCGUGCUGGCGCGCCUCGCCAUAGACCUCGCGCCGCGCACACUCACGCAGAUUGAACAUCUCGAGGGUGUGAUCCACAUCCUGGAGACGCAGCGGCUGCCGGAGGCGCGCCUCCACGAGCUGUUCACCUGCAACGUGGACGACAUCGUGCAGCAGUUCUGCUGCAUGGCGCGCAACAAGGUGCCGGCGGUGCGGGCGGAGGGUGCGGGCGAGGGUGCGGGUGCGGGGGAGGCGCUGACGCUGCAGCCGGACCCGCUGUACCGCCGCCUGCACGCCACCGUCGAUAUGGACCUCGCGCUCAGACUCUACAAUGUGUACCGUGCGGAGUGCUACGACGAGGAGUCCCGUGUGCGGCGCUGCUGUGAGGCGCUGUCGCGGCGGCUGGAGGCGCUCAACGCGGCCGCGGCCGACGAGCUGCAGGGACACCUGCGCAGCGCGCUCAGCAACUGCCUCGCUGCCAUGAGAUAUUAUAGAUUGCAAUCAGACGGUCCGAAGAUUGAAGAAGUCAGCGAGAAACAUCCGCUAGUGCCCAGAUACUUCACGUACCCGUGCGCGGUGGGCUCGCUGGCGGAGAUGGAGGCGGUGAUCUACUCGGAGGCGGGGCGCUACGUGAUGGCGCACAACGGCUGGGUGAUGGACGCGGACCCGCUGCAGGACUUCGCCGCGCGCGCCGCCGCCGGCGUCUACCUGCGCCGCGAGCUCAUCGCCUGGGGGGACAGCGUUAAACUCAGGUACGGUGAGAAGCCGGAGGACAGUCCGUUCCUGUGGGCGCACAUGCGGGAGUACGUGGAGCUGACAGCGGAGGUGUUCGACGGCCUGCGGCUCGACAACUGCCACUCCACGCCGCUGCAUGUGGCGGAGUACAUGCUGGACUGCGCGCGCAACGUGAAGCCGGACCUGUACGUGGCGGGCGAGCUGUUCACCAACUCCGACCACGUCGACAACAUCUUCGUCAACCGGCUCGGCAUCACCUCGCUCAUACGCGAGGCGUUGAGCGCAUGGGACUCGCACGAGCAGGGCCGGCUGCUGCACCGGUUCGGUGCGCGCGCUGUGGGGUCGUUCGCGCGCGCGCCCCGCCGCCGCGCCGCGCCGCGCGUCGCGCACGCACUGCUGCUAGAUCUCACGCACGACAACCCCUCGCCUGUGGAUAAGAGGAGUGUAUUCGACAUGCUGCCGUCUGCAGCGCUAGUGUGUAUGGCGUGCUGCGCCACCGGCAGCACCCGCGGAUACGACGAGCUCGUUCCGCACCAUAUCCACGUGGUGGACGAGAACCGGCUGUACAGUGAGUGGGGCGAGGUGGGGGCGGGGCGGGUGAGCGCGCGCUGCGGCAUGGUGGCGGCGCGCCGCGCACUCAACGCGCUGCACUACCAGCUCGCUGCGGAAGGGUAUGAUGAGGUAUAUGUGGAUCAAAUGGACGCUGACGUAGUCGCCGUAACAAGGCACGAACCUAAAUCUAGAAAGUCAGUGAUCCUGGUGGCGUUCACUGCGUUCAGCGCGCCCGAGCCGGGCUUCGGCGGACGCUACGUGAAGCCGCUGCGCUUCGAGGGACAGCUCGACGAGAUCGUGCUGGAAGCUAGCAUACGACACGUCGACUACAAAUCAACGGGGCGGCCGUUCCAGCAGCCGAGCGCGUUCACGAAGCAUCCGCAGUACAUCAACGGUCUGACGCGGGCGGCGCGCGGCAAGCACGCGGCGCGCCAGCGGGCCUUCGUGCGCGCGCUGCUCGCCCUCAGCGGCGCUUUCUACGCGCUCGCCUUCAUCGCCUUCUACUUCCUCAGCCUGGCCUGA